UCAUUUGUACUCGAGUUUAGCUUGAUACAUACGUUGAUACAUUUCUGUUUUUUUUCAACUGAACAAUAUGGCAACCUACUUGGAAUUAGAUAAAUGCAAUUUAUUAUGUUCCUGUAAACAAAUAAAACCGCUGUGUACACUUUAUUUCUGUCGUCAUUGUUUAUGCCUUCGAUGUCCGGAUUGUGUUUCACAUGAGGUGGAUUCUUAUUAUUGUCCUAAUUGUCUUGAAAAUAUGGCAAGUGCCGAAGCGAAAAUGCGUAAACAUCGUUGUGGUAAUUGUUUUGAUUGUCCAAGUUGUGGUCAUACACUAUCUACACGUGCGACGGCUGUUGUUCAUGCAAAACCUGAGGAACCAGGUCGUACAACAGCACAAAAAGCAUAUUUUCUAGCAUGUGGAUUUUGUCGUUGGGUUACACGUGAUAGUGGUAUACCAGAUCAACGACAAGCUGCUGGUGGUGCUGGUUGGCAAGAGAAAACAAGUCCACAUUUUAAAAGG